UUAGCCCGUGAAACCGCCACCUCACGGCCCUUACCCUCUUAUCCUCCGCUCCUCAUGCAGCUCCCGAGUCCCAACGGCCGACGCCUCCAUGGCUCCGCUCCCGCUCCCCCGUCCCGCCAUCACAAGCCCCCACCCUUCCAAACCCCACGAGGCGCCGGCGCCGGCGCGGACACCGAGGCCGGCCGCCUCCCUCCAUGCCACGCUCGCCUCCCUCUCGCAGCACGGCCACGAAGGCGCCCUCCACGACGCGUUCGCCCUGGUCGCCCGCGCCGAGCGCCAGUCCUUCCCCGGCGCCGUCGGGCCCGAGGUGUACGCGUCGCUCCUCCAGUGCUGCGUCACGGCCGGUUCACUCCGCUUGGGCCGCCAGGUGCACGCGGCCGCCGUCAAGCGCGGGCCGUACUACUGCCGGAACGUGUACGUGGGCACCAAGCUCGCCGUCUUCUACGCCCGCUGCGGCGCGCUCGCCGACGCCGAGCGUGCGUUCUGCGCGCUGCCGGAAAAGAACGCAUUCGCGUGGGCCGCCGUCAUCGGGCUAUGGAGCCGCGCCGGGCUGCACGCCAGGGCGCUCGCCGGGUUCGCCGACAUGUUCGAGGCGGGCGUCCCCGCUGACAACUUCGUCGUGCCCAGCGUGCUCAAGUCAUGCGCUGGGCUCGGGCUGGCCCUGGCCGGGAGGGCGGUGCACUGCUACGCGUGGAAGACGGGGGUCGCAGAAUGCGUGUACGUGAUGAGCAGCCUCGUGGACUUCUACGGGAAGUGCGGAGAGGUGGAGAACGCGAGGGGGGUGUUCGACGCAAUGCCGGAGAGGACUGUAGUGAGCUGGAACUCGAUGCUCAUGGCGUACAUAGACAAUGGGAGGAUUGACGAGGCCGUGGAGCUGUUCUACGAGAUGAGAGUCGAGGGCGUGCUGCCGACAAGGGUGAGCGUCGUGAGCUUGCUGUCCGCAUCGGCGGAUCUUGAGGCUGUUGAUGGGGGAAGGCAGGGCCAUGCCGUGGCAGUAUCAAGCGGGUUGGAGAUGGAUGUGAUCCUGGGAAGCUCGAUGAUCAACUUCUACUGUAAGGUUGGGCUGGUGGAGGCUGCGGAGGCGGUAUUUGAGCAGAUGGCAGAGAGAGAUGUCGUCACCUGGAAUUUGAUGAUUGCGGGGUAUUUGCAGGACGGGAAGAUUAACAAGGCUUUUGACACUUGUCGUAGAAUGCUGGAGACUAACCUCAAAUUUGAUUGUGUGACGUUGGCGUCCAUUAUCAUGGCUUGUGCGAAAUCUUGCAAUAUGGUGGUGGGCACAGCUACUCAUGGUUAUGCAGUGAGAAACAAUCUUGAAUCAGACGUGACGGUUGUUUGUGGCCUGAUUGACUUGUACGCGAGAAGCGGAAGGAUUGAACAUGCACGUCGAGUGUUCAAUGCCAUGGGUCAGAGAGACCUGGUCAUGUGGAAAGUGAUGAUUUCCGCUUAUGCAGAUUGUGGCAUGAGUUCUGAGGCUCUGAAGCUUUUAAAUCAGAUGCAGAUCGAAGGCAUAUCUCCAAAUGCAGCUUGUUGGGAUCCAGUAAUUUCAGCUUUUAUACGAAAUGGCCAAUUUGAAGACGCUCUAGAGAUAUUCAAUGGGAUGCUUCUGACAAAAACACGCCCCAAUCUGCGCACCUGGAGCUUGUUAAUAAGUGGAUUAUCUCAAAAUGGCAUGCAUCAGGAGGUAACAAAUCUUUGUUGCAAGAUGCAGGAAGUAGAGCCAGCACCUAGUCCCGCAAUUUAUUCAGCAGCGCUCCUUGCUGUUAAAACUGCAGGUUCAGUACAUUACGGGAAGGCAAUUCAUGCGUGUGUUGUUAAGAAGGGUUUGUUGUUGUCCAAAUCCGUCAUACAGUCGCUUCUGAGCAUGUAUAGUAGUUUCGACGACAGAGGCACAAUGUACAGUCUACUAAGAUUGCUUGCUGAGUACAGUAAAUAACAGAAAAUGGUCCCAAUAAUAUUGUACAGACAGAUGAAUGUUUGUGGUAGUAAUCCAAACAGGUGUCACAUAACAUUUGCCACAACUAACCUGUGACAUGGCUACGAACCAAACACUCCUAUUUUGCCACAAAGUUAGUCAAGCUAUAAGUGUGGCUAACGACUAAUGUUAGACGUGACAAAUUUAGUGACCAACCAAACAAGCUCAUAGUGUCACACAUACUGAAGUCGUUCAUAUUCAUCAUCAGUGUCAGUGUAGUUGUGUAGUAAAUAUCCACUUUAGCUAACACAGACAGGUUUGUAUGCAAUAACAUCUCAUACAGGGUUAUGUUGAUAUCUCUGAUAUGUUAUGGAGUCUGCAUCUGAUUUGAGUGGCAUUUUUAUGAGGUCAGAAGGUUCCAAUCAGAAACUGAGCACCUUAAAGAGCCCGGGACAGCGAGCAAGCAGUGCUGCUGUUAGUGUUGCCCAGAGCUCCCUGUGAAGAUUGCAGCUACAGAUGACUGAAUUAUUUGCAUAAAAGCGUGACUAUAACUACGGAUAACAUGUUGGGAGAUGUUCUGCCUCCGUUAUGUCUGCCCAGUUUUCUCAAUUUUGGAUGAGAAUGUGCACACUGUGCUGGUCCUUUUCGGGAGAUGUCAGAAGACAAGGUCCGGACGUCAUGGGUAUACUAUUGUUGUAGUCCUUGAUACAGUCCAGACAAUUGAUUAACCGCAUAUCGAUGCUGCAAAGUGUAAUUAUCUCGCUGUACGUAUAUUUCAUUCUUUUGGUUGGAUUAAAGUGUUGAAGAUUUGCAAAAUUAUUGUGUCUGUCUGUCAGAUGAUAAAUAAUUCUAUAACACAUGGUUACUUUUACUGCAUGCCUGUGGAUUUUCCAGGUCUGCGAUUC